AUGUGCAAAAACAAGGAAAGCGUUGCCAAAGCGCAGGCAAAAUUUUCAAAGCCCCCUACUGGUAAAUCCUUUCCACAAACCAACACUUACUUUCUUACAGAUACUGUCGUUUUCGGGCGAAUGUACAAGCUCGCCUUCGUCAACCGAAACCUCCAGCUUCCGUAUGCCCACGAAAAGACGAUCGAAAACGAUGGUAAUCCAAGUCCAGAAGAUUUUCCGAUUGAGAAUGAUUUUGAGAUGCUGGACAUCUUGUCCCUCAAUUCAGAAAUGUCCCUCGCAGAAGCGAGCAAUGCGGACAUAAAGAUUGCGCUCUGGAACCCGAGAAAGGCGGAAAUUGACCGAGUUAUGGCAAUAGAAAAGCGGGAGCGAAGAAUUAGGCGUCAGGGAUAG